AUGCGUAGAUUCAAACCUAAAAGUCUCUAUUUAAUUACUUAUGGUAUUAUUUCAACCUUACUAUGGGCUACGACAUUAUAUUUUACAAUUAAUGAAAUACUUGGUAUAAAAGGUGUUUCUGACCAAUUGGGUAAGCAUAUGAUAGCACUCAGAAUCUCACAAAGCUUGGCAGUAUUUGAUAUAAUAAAUUCUUCAUUUGGAAUCGUGAGAUCACAAUUUCUGCCCACAAUUAUUCAAGUAUCUUCAAGAUUGCACAUUGUAUGGAUCGUAUUCUACUUGUCUCCCGGAAACUCUCGCCAAAUUUCGACAAUGUUCUCAAAUAUUAUGAUAGUCACCUGGUCUUUAUCUGAAUUAAUCAGGUACCCAUACUAUGUUGUUUUACAAUUUUCAUUUAUCUUUCCAUCAAUUAGAAUGCCUUUGUUCCUCAAAUGGCUUAGAUAUAGCGCAUUUGCUGUUUUGUACCCAAUUGGUAUUUUGAGUGAAGUAAUCAUUUGUUCGAAUUUCAUCUCGGAUAUUUAUAAUAACUCUAGUUCAAACGAUCCAGUAUAUCAAAGAUUGUUGCAUUUCCCCUCAAAAAUGCCUAAUGCUCUGAAUUUUGAAGUAAAUCUCGCAUGCUUAUAUAUUGUUAUAUUGUGUAUAUAUAUCCCUGGUUCUAUAUUUAUGUACUCAUAUAUGAUCAAGCAAAGGAAGAAAUCAUUAAUUAAUUUAUGGAAAUUGGAGAGUGAUAAUACGAAGGUGGAAUAA